AUGGCUGUGGUACUCAACUCGGUCUACAUCAUCGCCGACUACAUGUGGUUCACGGCGUUGGGGACGGUCAGCGUCGCGGCUGGCACGUCCAUUAGCAACACGGCUCCGUUCUUCGUGUAUCUCUUCUCCAUUUGCUUUCUGCAUGACCAAGCGAGUUUGAAGAAACUUUGUGGUGUCCUCACGUCUUUUGUCGGCGUCGCAUUGAUCACGAUCUACCAGGGAGGAGAGGUAGAAAGUACUCAGAAUACGAGUGUGGUGGCGUGCGUGUUGGUGGUGAUCCAGACCAUGAUAGUCGGAGGCUACGCGGUCGCCUAUCGUGUCUUUGUGGGCGAAGAAGUCGUAGACGCGUCAACCAUCCUCACACUCACGGGCAUUUGUGGAGCGGUGACCCUACCGUGUAUACUCGGAUCGAGCCUGUUCAUGGCAGGCUUCGGAAUGCUGGAGCUCAAUGCGUCCAAGCAGCAGUCGAAGAUUGAGCUGGGCAAGUAG